GACGCACUCACUCUACUGCAACCACAUACCCACAACGCUUAACCUGUACUGAAUUUUUUUUUUCUUUUUUUGAUCCAUCUCACGGAAAUGCUUUUUCUUUUUUUCAGUUGGAUCUUUCGGGGAUUAGAUCUUUUAUGUCACAUGGUGUUCACGGGAGAAACGACCUCGGGAGCCGGUCAUUGGGAGGGCACAUUGUUUUCAUUCAAGUCUUUUAUUAUUAUUCCUCCUAUUGUUUUUAUGAUGUUACCUUUGUCGAUUUACCUGGCAUUGGAUCCUGAACCAAAAAGGUGCCAAAUGCUACCGAAGUCGUCGGGUUUGUCAUAUAUAAAAAACCCAUGUUAGCGCUACAAUCCUUCCGCAUAUAGAUGGGGGGGCAUUUAAAAAGUCAUCAAUGAUGACCAAUACAGAAUUGGAAAAACAAAAAGAUGGUGUUUUUAAA